AUGUGCAAGCUUAUCCUGAUGGUAUCUGAUGAAAACAUUAUCAAAGCAGGAGAGGAGGAUGGUGAACUGGGAGAAAUGCGAAAACGACUGUUGAAGUUCUUACGAUUUUCACUGUAUUACAGUCCGCAGGCUGUAAUAUUGCAGCUUAGUAAUUGCGCAUUCUAUGAAGAGAGAGCACUUGUCCUCGGACGGUUGAAACACCACGAACAGGCUCUAGCAAUCUAUACUUCCAUUUUGAAUGAUUUUGAUGCGGCAGAGGAGUACUGCCAGAUUUAUUACGAUCGCAGUGAUGAAAUUAAUUCACAGGUGUAUCUGCUACUUUUCCGUGCUUUUGUUUGUCCUUUGGAUCCAAUGAUAGCAGGACUUUUGGAGAAAGAUCUUCCAACUCCAGAGUCCGAUGUGCACAGCGCUAUUCGAGUUUUGAGCAGACAUGCGGAUAAAAUCGAUACAGUUGCUGCUCUAUCGCUAAUUCCCAAUGACACCCCACUUUGCACUUUGUCCAAAGCUCUCCAUGCUGUCUUACAAGCAACUCACGAUGAUGCUUCUGCUGUGAGUUUGCGCUUUUGUCACUCUUAG